GCCGACGUCGCCACCAUGAUAUUCCGUCCAGCGACGCCCGGCUUCAUCGUCACCCUCAUCGCAACGAUCCUCCUCGCCAUCGUCUCCUUUAACGUCCCCAUCAUCAAAUCCGUCUCCUUUCUCCAGGCUUCACUCACAGUUGACAACGUCAACGGCACGAUCUCACUUGGCACUUUGGGUUAUUGUAUAGACCUUGCAACGAAUGGUACGACCUGUUCGAAGCCCAGUGUCGGGUAUGCAUUCGACGCGAAUGCGUUGUUGGGCGACAACAUCAAGUUCGCACAAAUCCCGACUGUCGUCGUCAAGUGGAUCACCUACGCGCUUUUCUUGCACGUCAUCGCUCUCUGUGCAGCAGCCAUCUCAGCAUUCUUUGGGUUGCUGGCACAUGUACGUGAGAUGAGUAUGACGUGUUGCUCGAGUUGUAUUAGCGGGUUUGCAGCUGUCAUCGCGCUUGUUGCGUUCAUCUUUGAUUUGGUGUUGUUCUUCAUCGUGAAAGCGCGUGUGAAGAGUCUUGAUGGAACUGCGACUUUUGGGAGUGCGGUUUGGUUGACUUUGGCUGCGUGGAUACUCUUGUUCUUUAGUGGAUGUGUGUAUGCUUGUGGGAGGUGUUGUGUGCGACGGAGGCCAAGGGGAUCAGAUGGGCGCAUGGACAAUUCGUGGAUGGGACGAUUUGCUGCGAACAACCCUACUGCGGACCAUGCAGAGCAGAUGCGUCUGGAUGCUGUGAAAGCUGAGGCUGACAGGAAGGCAAGACAGAAGAACGAGAUUGGGCUCCCGGCGUUCCCGGAACAUGCGGACGUUGUACGUCCACUCAAACAGAUGGACGAUGGGUCUGAAGAUGAUAUGGCUUCUCCUUAUCGUGACCAGACGACUACUGCAGCUGCUGUUGGACGUCCGAUGGGUGCGAGAAGGCAAGGUAGUGCGAGUACGGCUGGACAAGGGUAUAGGGGCGGGUACGCUCAAGCUGCACCUGGUACGCGCGCUGUCGAUGAGUACUAUACGCCGUCGUCGCCUACACGCUCGAGUGCUGCCGGAAGCACGGGAUACCCACCGACGAGAAGGUACUCUGGUGCAUCGAGCAAUCCGCAGUCGGUGUAUCACUCCGCAGCGCCUGGUGCUGCGGCUGCUGGAGUAGCUGCUGGUGCCACAGCGGGAUACCUCGCCGCUGACAACCAGAAUGCACACGGACGCCAUCCGAGUGCAGCGGCGUAUGGGCAUACGAAUAGUGGAACUACAUAUCAUACAGCAGCUUCUUCACAACACCAACAAUACCCUUCAGCCUACUCACAGUACGACGCGUAUUCACACCCUCAACAAGCAACUGCGUAUAGCACCGACGCCUAUAAUAAUCAAGCUACUGUUGGUGCAUACGGACACAGCACAUCUCCACCCCCUCGUCAACCUUCCCAACCAUACGCAGACCCGUACUACCAUAGUUCGACUCCGCCACUACCUCAGACAACAGCGACUGCAUAUGGCGAUUACUCGUCGAAUGCUUAUAAUUCUGCGGCGUAUGGGACGAGUGACCCAUACAACUCCUCGAGUAAUGCGUACGGGAACGUUGGAGCUGCAGCUGCAACUACGGCAGCGGCAGUGGGGAGCUCCUACCAAUCUCCCUACCACCAACAAAGCCAACACACACAAGAUAGGAGUUAUACACUUGGAGGAGGGGGGUAUGGUGUGAACACCGUACCUGAAGAGUCUACUUCGCCGACUGCGUAUGGAGCACCGGUGGUGUCGACUUCGCCGCCUCCUAUGCCUACUGCUUCUACCGGGCUUGGAGCGGUGGGUGUAGGGAGGACGAGGAGUCCCCAAGGACAGGGGUUGGGGCAGACGCAUGAGGGAUCGUAUGACGAUAGUCCACCGGGUUAUGAAUCGAACGCUGUGCAUUCUGUGCACGUACCGGAUUGGAACUCGAAGAGUGGGAUGCGAUGAUGAUGUUCGAGUUUGAUUUCGACCCCUUCGUACGCUUCGGAGCAUCUAGAUGGAUGCAAAAGACGAUUACUUGUUUGCUUGCUUGUUCGUUUUUUUCUUUUCUUUAAUUAUCAACUCCCAAUCCUGUCUUUGUCUUUGUCUUUGUCUUUGUCAUGAGAUGACAUGUGAUGAUGAACUCUUUUCCCUUCCUGUAUUUACAGCAUCAUAACCUCAACACCAACGCCAACGCAUACCCUCCAUCCUUCCACCUAUCUUCCACCCCUCACCC